AUGGCAUUCCCCCUUCCUUCACAUUUGCCGCGGCAGAAAGAUCCGCAAGAUGUAUCAACAAAGAUACUUACGAAGAUCUCUGAGGCUACUGCCAAAUCUCUGAACGCGGAACUGGCUUCGUCUUGGGUGGCUGAACUUGAUGACACAAUUACGCAGACAAAAGAACGAAUAUACGAACGAAUAUCUCAUGAUCUCCCAGCUUUUAAUGAGCAACUGACUAGUGCUCGGUCCAUUCAGGAGCGCUUGGGCGUUCUCACUACGAACGUCGAUAGUUUAAGCAGUCAUCUGUCGGAUUCGGAGUCAGGGCUUGUGCCUAGAUUAUUAGGCGUUCUCAGCAGACAUGCAGCCCUUGCGCAGGCCAGCCUCGACGCAGAAACGAAAUGGAGUGCUUUGUCUCAUCUCCUCCUAUGCAAAAACAGCUACCAUGAGCUUGCACGUUUCUCCCAGGAAGGUCGAUUGCCUGAAGCGAUGGAGGUGUGCCAGAAAUUUGAGGCAGACCUUAGUAGUGCACCGCGACCACUGGAACGGAGUUCUGUCAUGGGUGACUUACAGCGCAGCUUCAGAGUGCUGAAAGCUAGAACUGAAGAACAACUGGACGACGCAUACACUCGCGGUGUAAAAGUAUCACCAUCCGAGGUAUUCAUAUCAACCUCCGUUCAAGUGAGACAAUCCGACACAAGUAUAUUUUUGUCGUCUGUCCUCGCCGCUCUACCACAAGCGACCCUUACUUCUCAUUUAGCAUCUCUUCGCCGAGAUCUUAUUACACAUUAUGUCGACUUCACGUUAAAGCAGCCAGCUUCCGUGGUCAUCAGCUCUACAAACAGUAUUUCCGGGGCAAGUGAACACAGGUUGAACUUGUAUCCUGCACCACCAAACUCAACAAAUCCAUCGUCUCGACUGGAGAACCUGUCGACGAUUCUUACCUUCAUUGAUACUCACCUGCUACCUCAUCUUCCAUCAACAGAACGGGCUUCCUUCUCGCAGUCGCUGUGCAAGCCACUUAGGCUGGCCGUGCUCAAUCAUCUCUUGGCUCCUUCCUUGCCCUCCUCACUUGACGACCUCCCUGACUUCCUUCAUUUGGUCCAAAAGGCGCGUCAGUUUGAGACUGAUUACAUUCAGUCAGCACUUGGGGACACGGGUGAGGCGGAGAUCAAAGUUUGGUCCGAUAAUGUUGACGUGCACUAUGAGCGCAAGAGGCGCACUGAACUAUUGGAGACGGGUCGUCAUAUAGUCCUUGCUGCGGAGGACGAGAGCCAGAGAUUCUUUGUUGGCGUGCCAGCCAUUCCAGGACGGGAGAGCAAGCUAAAUGACCGCCCAGAUACAGAAAAACCUGCGGCUGAGGCCGCUGAGAAUGAGGCCGAGACUGCAUGGGGGUUUGACGACGAUGGACCGAGUGACUCGCAGAAUGCUCCAGAGGUUGAAGAGGACGCAUGGGGCUUUGGAGACGAUGCAGAGCCUGAGACGGCCGCUGAACCUGAGCUACAGGCAGAAGUGCCUCUCGAGUCUAUGGCGGCCUCGGAAGAUCCGGAUCCGGGCGAUGCUUGGGGGUGGAAUGACGACUCAGAGACUCUUAAUGACGAUGAUCUAGACGAUCCUUGGAAUGAUGGCUGGGGCGAUGAUUCCAAUGCUAAACCUUCACAUGCGAACGGCACGAAUGGCGCAAACGGCAAUCAUGUCAAAGCAAAGCCUGCAACACGACUGGAAAAGCUGUCAUCAAAGGGUAAGAACUCUCAUACAAAAUCUCUGCAGGCGCCUGCGCCUGCACAACUUCCCCCACCAACACCUUUUAUGUCAUCGCCGAAGGAGGCGCUGUCAUCCCCACAUCUAUCACAAGCGGUUGAGGAGUCGUAUAUGGUGUCUGGCCGCUCCAAAGAGUUAGUGCAACAUACGGAGCGAAUCUUGUCCGAGGGUGCCCGCCUUGCAUCCUCUGGUAUAUUCUCAUCCCAGCGCAGUCCGACGGUUCCUAUAGCAUCUCUACUCUUACAAGCAGCACCUUUUACCCUGGAACUUUACCGUGCUAUCUAUCCUGUGACAUGCUCUAAGGCCCUCAUGGCGUCACCGAAGUUAUCUAUCCGGUUCUCGAAUGAUUGUUUGUAUUUGAGCGCAGAAGUUGGCCGUCUCUUAGACAGUUUGACGCCAUCCACGACUUCCGUGAAGACGAGACUCGAGGAGUGUAGAGAUCAUCUGAAACUGCUUGGCGAGAGUUGGUUUGCCGAAACCAUCUUGGUCAAUGAGACUCUGGAUAAAGCCGAGGGGUUUGUAGACACAAUGGAGCAAGACCGUUUUGACGAAUGCGAGAGUGCUCUUAGCCAAGUGCUGCAGCGUGUGCGACAGCUUGCGCAGGAGUGGAAGGGCGUUCUGACAAAGAGCAAAUAUUACGACGCAGUUGGUGCCACAGCUGAGGCCGCGCUUUCGCGCGUGCUUGCGGAUAUUCUUGCGCUACCAGAUAUUACUGCGGAUGAAUCCCACCGUUUGAACGAGCUGUGCCAUAUCUUGAAUGCCUUAGAAGGUCUUUUCGUUAGUGAUCGGACCACCUUCGUUGUCGCUUACGUACCAUCUUGGCUGAAAUUCUCAUAUUUGUCCGAGCUUUUGGAGGCAUCAAUUGCGGACAUUUCGUACUUAUUCGAAGAAGGUGCUCUCGUUGACUUCGAAGUGGACGAACUUGUCAACCUCGUGCGGGCUUUGUUUGCGGAUACCCCACUGAGGACCACUACUAUUAAUAAGUUAUUGCGUGGUCACCCAAUUGGACCUGUGCAGUCCUGA